GUUAUUUUCUUUAAAAAAAAAAAAAAAACCUCUUAUUUCAACAGCCACACCACACUCCUUCCCCUAAAUGUGUUGACGAUGUCGGUGAUCUAACCCCCCAAAAAUUUUAGCCUCCCAUUAAUUUUUAUUUAUUUUUCCUUUUUUUCUUCUCUUUUUUAGAUCGUUUUUAUAGAUACAUUUUUCUCUGAUUGUUUCACCUAUAUUUUUUUUCGAUCUAAUUUUUUUUUUCACCAAAUCCGAUUCAGAUCGGAUUCAAAAAUGGCGGCAACGAGACGGCUACGCGACCUCCAAUCACAGCCAGGUAACAAAACUUGCGUCGAUUGCAACCAAAAGAAUCCCCAAUGGGCUUCGGUUUCCUACGGCGUUUUCAUGUGCUUAGAAUGCUCCGGGAAACACCGUGGCUUAGGUGUCCACAUCUCAUUCGUUCGAUCCGUUACCAUGGAUUCAUGGUCCGAGAUCCAGAUCAAGAAAAUGGAAUCGGGCGGUAACGACAGGCUCAACGCCUUUUUUGCUCAAUACGGUAUCCCUAAAGAAACCGAUAUCGUUACCAAAUAUAACACCAAUGCCGCGAGUGUUUAUCGCGAUCGUAUCCAAGCCCUAGCGGAUGGCCGCCCCUGGCGGGAUCCACCCGUUGUGAAAGAGACUCUCAACGGAAGUGGUGGUAAUAAAAAGCCGCCAUUGAGCGGUGGCGCUGGCCGUGCCAGUGGCAGGGGCAGUAAUUAUGGGAAUAAUGAAGGGUGGGAUAGUUGGGAUAAUGACGAUUCAUUUAGAUCUUCGAGCGAUUUGAGGAGGAAUCAAUCGGCGAGUGAUUUUAGAGAAGGGAAUAAUCAUGGUGGUGGAAUGGGUGCUGCUCCGGUGAGGUCGAGAUCCACGGAGGAUAUUUACACGAGAUCCCAAUUGGAGGCUUCGGCGGCGAAUAAGGACAGCUUUUUUGCGAGGAAGAUGGUGGAGAAUGAAUCGAGGCCUGAAGGGCUACCACCUUCGCAAGGAGGGAAAUAUGUUGGGUUUGGAUCGAGUCCUAUGCCUACUCAGAGGAAUAAUAAUGCUCAGGGGGAUGUGCUCUCUGUUGUGUCUCAGGGGUUUGGAAGGUUAUCUAUGGUAGCUGCAUCCGCAGCUCAAUCUGCCGCAAAUGUUGUCCAAGCAGGAACGAAGGAGUUCACCUCGAAGGUUAAGGAGGGCGGCUUUGAUACUAAGGUUAACGAAACUGUCAAUGUUGUCACUGCAAAGACAAGUGAGAUUGGCCAGAGGACGUGGGGGAUCAUGAAAGGGGUCAUGGCAAUGGCUUCACAAAAGGUUGAGGAGUACACUAAGGAUGGCGUGAACUGGAAAAAUGAUAACUGGCAUCAAAAUGAUAGUGAGAAGAAUGGAUAUUAUCAGGAGUUUAAACAGGAGAAUAAAGGAUGGAAUUCUACUUCUGGAGGACAAUCCUUUUCUGGUGGGAAUUAUAAUUCUCAUAGCUCAAGUUCUUGGGAUGACUGGGACACCAAAGACAAUAGGAAGGAAGAUACUUCAAAAGUGAUUACUUCUCACAGCAAUGAAGAUUGGGCUGGCUGGGACGAUGCAAAAGAUGAUGGAUACGAUAAUUUCUAUAACGGUGCACCUGAUAAUAAAGCUUUCGGUCACAAUGGAAAAUCAGAUGCCGCAUGGACGGGUGGAGGCUUUCUUUAAGGUUGAACUUGAAUUGAUGUUACAUUUUCAGAACCUUAGUUACCCGUAAAAGUUAACUAGUACUCAAUUGAUUCCUGCUGGGCCAAUGCACACAUGGGAUAGAUUGAACUUUUUCUUCCUUAUCAGAGAUGCUAAGAAAAUUGUUCAUGAAUUAGAUCUCCAAGUGAAGUGAGUGUAUCUUUAGCAAUUCUUUUGAUGGUUUCAUUUUUCUAUAUUUAUCUUUAAAAGAGUUUACUAUGUAAUAGCUUGGGUAAGUUUCGUGUUUGAGACUAGCCUACAUUUGUAAAACUGUGGAUAGAAAGAGCUAAUUUUCUAUAUAC